AUGAAGCUCAGCUCGCUAGUCGCUUUCUCAUGGGUCCUCGUCAUGCUCGGAGGCGUGCUGGUGAAGUGGCACGGCUCCUCCUCCUUGUCUUGGCCUCACGCUUUCUUCCGCGCGUACACGCUGCUCAACAAUGCUCCCGGCGUGUCGGUGGUGGAGGGAGAGACAGCCGGAGCUCUCCUUAUCGCCAACAGCCUCUUCAUCACCGGCAUCUUCACCUUCGCCGUCGCCCUCGGCGUCGUCUCCUCCGGCAUGCAGGUAGCGUUGUUCCGAGUGCUCGCCGCGAACCAUCGGGUGAUAGAGGAAGGGCAUAUCCUAGUGCUCAACUGGAGCUCUUCUCUCCUGCCUGUCCUCCGGCAGAUCCUCUCUGCCUACAAGGACGGCAUCCAGCGGCGACCCAUCGUAGUCCUUACAGCGAGGGAACAAGCGAAAGUCCGGCAGCAGCUGGAGGAAGAGCUCGGGCCAGUCUCGAGGAGAGUGAUAGUGCGCACGGGAAAUCCGUCCUCCCUCCGGGAUCUCAUCAAAGUUUCAGCAGGGCAAGCUCGUCACAUCCUCAUCCUACAGCCACAGCCCGACAACUCCACUGCCCUCUCUUCCUCCUCCUCCUCCUCCUCCUCCUCUCCAACUUGGACCUCCUCCAUGAACUUCUCUGUGGAGGAGGUGCGCAACUACGUCAGCACGCAAGUGGCAUGCGUGCAGGCGCUGGUAGAGAUCGAGCAGGGAGGGAGGAAGCUGGGGAAGAACCGCGAGGAUGUGCAUGGGAUUGUGCAGGUGGCGCAGGCGCAGGCUCCUGACCCUGUCCUGGGCUUCACUUUCCUUUCCUCCAAGUCCUUCGAAGAUCGAGUCCUCACCAUGUCCGCCAUGCAGCCAGGGAUAGCAGAGGUGUAUCAGGAGAUUCUUGAUCAAGCGACAGGAGCAGAGAUCUACUUGCACAGCAUGUGGCGGUGCCCCUGGUUGCAAGAGGUUCCUAUCCGGGAGCUUGACAAGUACUUCUCCGAUGGCGUCAUGCUGGGAUGGGUGAUGGAAGAGGAGGGGAAGGAGCAGCGCGUGUCGAUGGACCCCAUGCUGCUCAACUCUGACGCGACUCUUCCUCUCAACGCUCGCGUCAUCCUCCUCACCCACAACAAGUGA